AUGUCUUAUGGCUUGGUUUCAGGUUGGGACGAGGACCUCCAUGGCGAAGCGCGAGCGAACUUGCCAUUGCCAUUUGCCGGCGAUGUGAAGCUCAAGGGUCUUAGCAAUGUCACGCUGUCGAAAGCAUCGGAGUUGUUGUGGCGCGCCUCCGAUGCUUCACGACUGGCGCAUGUAUCCGCCGCGUUGGAUCUGUCCGAGGAGAGCGAGAACACUGUCCCGCCCCUGCUUGCUAAACGUGAUGCCGCAGCCAAGCAGGACAAGGUGGAGGUGGCAACUACUACGAAGGCGGUGUCCGACUCUGCGCCGCUAGGUUCCUCGCGUUCCUGUGCACGCGCGGGCUUGCUGGCAAUGCCUUUCGCCGGUGCUGAUGGCCGAUGUCAGAUUCGACUAGUGCGUUUGGUGCAAAGCAAAGAGGGAGAUGCCGACGAGGACUCCACAGAGGGAGACUCGCGGAUCCCAGUGGGUGAGGAACUCCUCGAGGCCCAGGUGCAUUCUGGACUGUCAUCGUCAUCGUCUUCUGCACCUUUAGGUGCUCCACCGAUGUUACGGCCUUCCAGUGCUGAUUCGAAGGUUUUACUCGACAAGUAUCUGAAGCUUGCGAAGCAUUGUUUCGGCACGGAUGGUGCUGAUGAUUUCGAACUUCUCAGAGCCCUCUUCGAUUGCACAGGCAAGAGGGAGGUUUUGCACAAGCUGAGCGCCUGGCUUGCGCGGGUCAACAGGAGGACGGUUGCCAGUCAUUUGCAAAAGUCGGCCGCGAUGGGGCGGACAAUGAGGCUGCUUUCUGGUGAGACUUGUGCUAAUCCUCGUGGCAUGGAGGCUGCAUUUCAUCAUCUGACGGCCAACUCUCCGCGACAAGCCCUGCGUGCGCUACAGGGAACUGGAGCAGGCCCCUACUUCGACCGAUUGGCAGCGGUCCUGGCAGCUUGUGGUGGUUCUGCAGUUCCGGGUCGCGAGCAGCGUCGCUGGCUGCGGAAGCAAGUUGAAGAAUGGAGGCGGCAAAGAGUGCCUGAGCUGAUGGGUCCAGACUUGUGGCGUCUAUACAGCCUACUUGCCGGUGACAUGGAGGUGGCUUGCGACGCGCUGGACUGGCGCACUGCCUUCGGGAUUUUCCUAUGGUAUGGCCAGUCAGACGAGGAAACUUGUAUGGACGUGGGCACCUGCGAACAUGCCUUGGAGCGCGUUGUCCAAUCCUUCCUCAGCGCAAUGGUGAAGCAAGUUAGCUCCUCCAGAAUCCGUCCAGUGCCAGCUUAUGCCCUGGAAGGUGAGCAAAGGAUGUCGCGUGGUGAGUCGGAGCAUCGUUUUGCGGCUGGCCAAGAGGAACCCAUGUCCCUACAGUUCCGAGCUAUUCAAUUGGCUGGCUGCCUUGAUGCCGACUGCGACAUGAGCCAUUUUGACUACAUGACGCAUUCGAAGAACCCACAGGAUGUUGCGCUGUCGUGGCACUUUGUGGUCGUGUUGUUAGCGUUGCUGGGCCAAGACGGCACAGCACAUGAGGGCGGACAUGCUUUCCAACGCUUGACACAACAGUACUCACAGCUGCUUGAACAGCAAAGCAAAGAUGAAUGGGCAGUUUACGUUGCUCAUUUUGUCAGCGAUCAUCGAGCACGUGCUGCGAUGGUCAGGCGAUUGCUGAUAAGCCAAGCAAAGGCAUGCCAGUGGGACUUCGGCGGGGAGGUGCAGCCGUGCUGGCAAAGCCUACCACUUGCCUGGCUUUGGCAUGCCAGAGCUCUUGCUUGCGAGCAGGUGCACGACUGGUGCGGUGCACUAGCAUGCUGGCAGCAUUGUGGCGGUGAGGAGGCGCGGGCUGUCACAAUUGCCUGCGGUUAUCUUCUGGGUCCAGCACUUCUCGGACACGCAUCCUCGCCCUACAAGCGUGGAGCUGUCGAGGCCAUCCAGCUGGCGCCGAUGAAUCCGGCGGCUCGCUGGCUGCACAGAUCCCUGGAGGAUCUCAGUGCACCCAUGAGCAGCAACGAUGUGUUAUGGGCCGACGUAGGUCGCGAAUCCCUGCGAGUGUUGCGAUAUUGGGCCCAAGAAGGCUGUGCUCGCUUCGAGCCUGAAACACUGGUGCGACUUCAUUGGCGCUGUGAGCGCUUGCGGAGGGGUAUGCUCGGGCUGCCGUCCUGA